UAUUUUAAAUUUUAUUUCUUUGUUUUGAACAAGGGCGACAGCAAAAACACGUGCAAGGGAAUAAUUCCAAAAUGUUUCGAUCAUAUAUUUGAAGCAAUAUCUAUGGCAACAAAUGUUAGAUAUUUGGUUUUGAUAAGCUACUUGGAAAUUUACAAUGAAAAUAUUCGCGACCUGCUCAUAAGAAACAAAGGAACAAAUAUAAUAAAUCAUUCUUUAAAGGAAAUACCAGGUAUUGGUGUCUCAGUACCAACGUUGUCCACGUAUCCCGUUACUAACGCUCAGCAAUGUUAUGAUUGGUUAAACUUCGGAAACGAAAACCGUGUUACAGGAGCGACAUUAAUGAACGAAAAAAGUUCCCGAUCGCACACUAUAUUUACCAUCACUUUGGAGCAAUCCCCUUUUUUUACUAAUAUUAUAUCGGAAGACAACUUUGUAGGAAUACGUCGAGGAAAACUAAGCUUAGUUGACUUAGCAGGUUCAGAGCGAGCACGUAAGACUGGGGCUCAAGGAGAUCGACUUAAGGAAGCGUCGAAAAUUAAUUUAUCACUUUCUGCAUUGGGGAACGUAAUUUCGUCUUUGGUUGAAGGUAAAGCGAAGCAUGUACCCUUUAGGGACUCAAAACUGACACGACUGCUUCAGGAUUCCCUAGGUGGUAACACAAAAACCCUUAUGAUAUCGUGUAUAUCACCUUCAGAAAAAAAUUAUGACGAAACUAUAUCUACACUUCGUUAUGCAAGUAGAGCGAAAAACAUAUCAAAUAAACCAAAAAUUAAUGAAGACCCUAAGGAUGCAAAACUACGAGAGUACCAAAAUGAAAUACUUCAUUUAAAAAAAAUGCUUGAAGAAACUCAACAAAAAGUAGUUUACGGAAAAGAAAAAAAAAUCGAUUUAAACGACAUUCCUAUAAAUAACCUAGAUAUUCUAACUCUAGUUCCUAAGAGAGAUGCCGAAGUUAUUGAAAUAGAUAAUGAAGCGCGCGAAUCAUCCAAAAUAUAUAACUCCUCAAAAACGCCUAUUUACUUACCUUUCCAAUCAAAAGAAGAGAUUCAACUGCAGGCAAGGAGUCGCAUCGGUUUCAUUAAACGCACUUUAAUUGGAGGUGAACGUGUUAACGAUUUGAAACUUAAAGAACAGCAUAAGGUCAGAAGAUUUGCUGCACAGCGCCAUUUAAGUGCCAUUGCCUACGCAUUAAGCAGAGUAAAAUCCGAGGAUCGCGAUCUUCUGCAGGGGCAUUAUGCUAAUAUCACUCAGGAAAUAAGUACUAAAAACGAUUAUAUCAGAAAGUGUAAGGAAAAAAUUAAAAUGCUUGAAAUGGAAGUUUCUGAUUUAAAUUCCGAGUUUGAGUUGGAUAGGGAGGACUAUUUGGACGAAAUUCGAUUUCUUGGACGCCAAGUAAAGUUUUAUCAACAACUGAUUUAUAAAUAUCAGCCAGUUUUUCUUAAAAACGACAAAAAUUGGUCACCGGAUAUUCUUUUAAAAAAUUCGUUGUGGAACGAUGAGCUUAAAGUUUGGAGGAUUCCAGAGAUUGAUGAUUUAAAACUUCCUCCGGCUUCACAAAGAUCAGGACUUAAUCGAGUUCACAGUUCAAUUUUAUAUAUUAACCGUAAUGUGACCCAAAAAACUAAGCCAUCUGAAGAAAAAGAAAGAAAUUCCAAUCUUCAAGACAGUUACUUUAGAACAGGACAUCCUAAAACAAAGGAAUUCGGAAGAGGUUCAUUGCGGCUUAAUGGCAUUUACUCAUAAUAAGUAAAUAAAUUACUUGGAUACUAUUAAAACUAUUGUUAAUUUAAUGAAGCAAAUGUUUCCGGUCUCAUCUCAAAUAAUAGCGAUUUUGACUGGCCACCGAGAUCGCCGGAUUUGACUCCUCCUGACUUUUUCUUGUUGGGUUACUUGAAAAGUAAGGUUCACCCCAACAAACCUCAAUCCCCCGCACGACUUAAGACCAACAUACGCAACGAAAUCGCUGGUAUUGACCCGGAAACACUCAAAAAAUGGAAAAUGCCGAAAAACGGGCAGAUUUGUGCAAAGCAGCCGGCGGUGGCCACUUACCAGAUACUGUUUUAAAAAAGUGACAAAACAAAUUGUGCAUACAGAUUUAAAUAAAAUGAACGAUCGUACACACAAAAAUCUGUUUUCCUUUCUUUUUUUUUAAAAAAACUUCAAUAACCACAAGAUGGCGCUCCCUGUACGACCGCGGCAUCCAGCAAGAUAAGUCAGAAAGAACAAAAUAAUGACAUCGUUGCGGGUGAUAAAAAGCCAUUCUUAAUAGUUUUGCUGAAGUUUCUUUUUCUUACACCUGCAGUGUCCUUUUGAUGGUCCAGUACAACGAAGAGAUAGCAAGAUAGCUUUAAAAACAGACAAGAGGACAGACGGCC